AUCAAUAUCAAGUCAUGGGCUUAGCACCAACAAGCACAUUGGAGAAGAAAAGUAGGUCCCAAAAAUAGUAUAAUUUUCAGGUAGCCUUUUUUUAGGUUGAUUAAAAGUAGUAUCUGUUUUUUUUGACUGACACACAGUAGAUUAUAUAACAUUUGAAAAGAAAAAAUGAAGCAGCUUCUUAUUUAUAUAUCUUUAAUUAUAGUUCCAGACGUAAUCGCUCAUCGCGGAUAUUCCGGAAAGUAUCCUGAAAAUACUCUCAUCUCCUAUGAAGAGGCUCUAAGAGCAAAUACAACUGCUUUAGAAGGAGAUAUUCGUCUAAGCAAGGAUGGUGAAGUAGUCAUAAUGCAUGACCUUACCCUUCAACGUACCUCGACUGGAAAUGGAGCAGUAUUUGAUCACAAUUGGGUUGGAUAUAUCGAUGGACUUUUCACAAAAACAGAGCCACCACAACCAAUCCCUCGACUGAAAGAUGUAUUUGAUAUCCUGAUUAGACCCGAUGUUGUUGCAAAAAAUACAUAUAUGAUUGUUGAUAUCAAGUUUGACAACCAACUCGAAAUUCUUGACGCUGUCCAAGUUCUCCUAGAAGAGUAUAAAGCGCAUACAAGUCUCAGGAAGCAACUAGUGUUUGGCAUUUGGGAUCUCCGCUUUCUCGAGAGAGCCAAGCAACUCUUUAUUGGCUACCAGCUAUGUUUUAUCGGUCUGUCUUUGGGUGCAGCCCGGAAACACUUUUUACACGAACUCGAUAAUAUCAGUUUGCCAUAUGCAGCCUUAGUCGACCAAGAGGGACAGGACUUUAUUAAGGAGGCCCACUCACUAGGAAAGCGAGUUUUUUGUUGGACAAUCAACAAUAUUGAGCAAAUGCAUCAAUGCGUCGCAUGGGGGUUAGAUGGUGUUAUCGGUGAUAAUGUUGAUACACUAAUAGAAAAUGUACGCACUACGGUAAACGCCAUGAGUCCGGAAGAAUUUGAAAAAUAUGUUGAGGCUUCAAAUAAUCUUAUGGGCAAACGCAGUCGCCUGUAUUAUUAUAUAAUCAAGAAAUCUAUGAGUUUAAUAAGCUGGAAGUUCAUUGGAAUAUAACUCUGCCAAGACAUUGAAACCCUUUUUCUUCUUUUUCAUUUUAUACCUUGUAUUCCUUGCAUAAUAUUGCUACUGUCAUAUUUAAAUAUAAAUAAUAAUAAAGCAUGCACACAUUUCUCCUCG